GAGUUGUCGGUUCGAAUCCGACCGCGUCCAAUUUCCUUUUUCUCCUGAUUUCUUUUUCUAACAUCAGCGCACACACACCUCCCCCCCCGGUUACCUGACAUAGGUAUUCCAGGUACGUGGGUAAUAAUAGACUAAGCCGAGCCUGAGCAAAAGCGGCGAAUGCGCCAUUCCUAAUUCGUCGAAAGACAGCCUGGAGGGUCCAUGUAAAACUUGUAACCAACUUUCUAGACUGUUAACUUCUAGGUUUAAGCUACGAAUUGACCAAGGAGACUCGAUUCACUUCUAAACCAUUGCGAUACACAUCUGCCGACGCUUUUCAGACACGGAAACUAUUAUCACCACCUUUACUUAUCAAGCGCACAAUCAACCUCCUACUGCUCUCUAGCACUUAACAGAAGCAUACCUUCAAAGCCGCAGACCACCACACAAACAAGAUGAUCAGGUCAACACAGAUAGCCCGUCUGGGCGACGGCUUAAUGCUUUGCGCAUCCGUAGACGAUGAACAAACAGAGUCAUCCCUCAGCGAAGUAAAAUCACAAACGAAGAUCAUACUACGACGACUAAACCACAAUUCCGAACCCCAAGCCAGCAUCGAGAGCGGCAACUACACAUUACACUACCUGAUCUCCAACGACGUAGUCUACAUCUGCAUCAGCGAGCGGUCGUACCCGCGCAAGCUAGCCUUCACCUACCUCUCCGACCUCUCCUUCGAAUUCGCGCAGUCGUACGGCCCGCAGCUGACCUCGCCCUCGCUGCGGCCGUACGCCUUCAUGGAGUUCGACACCUUCAUCGGCCGCACCAAGGCGCUGUACGCCGACGCGCGCGCGGCGCAGAACCUCGACCGCCUCAACGACGAGCUGCGCGACGUCACCAAGGUCAUGACCAAGAACAUCGAGGACCUGCUCUACCGCGGCGACAGCCUCGACAAGAUGGGCGAGAUGAGCUCCCGCCUGCGCGACGACAGCCGCAAGUACCGCAAGGCCGCCGUCAAGAUCAACUGGGACCUGCUCGUCAAGCAGUACGCCCCCAUCGGCGUCUUCGUGCUGAUCGUCCUGGUCUUUGUUUGGUUGCGCUUCUUUUGAUCUCGGCGUUUGGGCUGCUGCUUUUGGAACCGGGGUUUGGUGGUGGUGAUAAAGGGGGAAAUCGACGGGUUGUCCGUCGAGAGUACGAGCGACGAGCUCAUGAAUGUACAGACAUUACCGAUUGACAUGAAUAUACCUAAUCACGCAGAAAGCAAACGUGGUCGAUCUUGAUGGAUGUGUACGAUUUGGACUGGCAUAGAAAGCAUUUGCAGAGGCGUCAAGCAUGUAAGGAGA